AAGACACUGAACCUCAUUCAACGAGCUUUUAAGUCUGACACUGACCAGAGGAGUGGUGAAGGAGAGAGAUGCUCAAAGGUUACAAGCCUGGAAACUGGUGACUCCACACGGUGCUGUGAUGGGGACUGUGAGUGAGCUGUGUGCCUCCAGUUUCCAGGCGUUUCUCUGCCCUUCAGUUCGGCCUCCUGCAGCCACAGUGCCCGAUGACCUCAGUCCAGAGGAGAGACAGGAGCUGGAGAGCAUCCGCCGCAGAAAACAAGAGCUCCUGCAGGACAUACAAAGACUGAAGGAUGAGAUAGCCGAGGUGACCAAUGAGAUUGAAAAUCUGGGCCAGACUGAAGAGAGGAAAAGCAUGCAGAGGAGUAAACAGAUGGCCAUGGGCCGAAAAAAGUUCAACAUGGACCCAAAGAAGGGGAUCCGUUUUUUGGUGGACAGCUCUCUGCUGAAAAACACCAGAGAUGACAUCGCCCAGUUUCUCUACAAGGGGGAGGGGCUUAAUAAGACAGCUAUUGGGGACUACCUGGGGGAGAGAGAUGACUUCAACAUUGAGGUUCUGCAUGCCUUCCUGGAUUUACACGAGUUCUCAGACCUGAACCUGGUUCAGGCUCUCAGGCAGUUCCUGUGGAGCUUCAGGCUGCCCGGUGAAGCUCAGAAGAUCGAUCGCAUGAUGGAGGCGUUCGCCCAGAGAUACUGUCACUGUAACCCUGGCGUGUUUCAGAGCACAGAUACUUGUUACGUGUUAUCGUUUGCGGUGAUCAUGCUGAACACCAGUCUACACAACCCCAACGUUAAGGACAAGCCCUCUGUUCAGAGAUUCACAGCAAUGAACAGAGGUAUCAAUGAUGGAGGAGACCUGCCCGAGGAGCUGCUCAGGAACCUGUACGACAGCAUCAAGAAUGAACCCUUUAAGAUCCCAGAGGACGACGGGAAUGACCUCACGCACACUUUCUUCAACCCUGACCGAGAAGGAUGGCUUCUGAAACUCGGUGGACGGGUUAAGAGCUGGAAGAGACGCUGGUUCAUUCUCACUGAUAACUGUCUCUAUUACUUUGAAUACACCACUGAUAAAGAACCCAGAGGGAUUAUUCCGUUGGAAAAUUUGAGCAUACGAGAAGUUGAUGACUCCAAGAAACCGAACUGCUUUGAGCUCUUCAUCCCCAACCACAAAGAUCAGGUGAUCAAGGCCUGUAAGACGGAGGCAGACGGCCGCGUCGUCGAGGGAAACCACACUUUUUACAGAAUCUCAGCCCCGACCACAGAGGAGAAGGACGAGUGGAUCAACAGCAUCAAAGCUGCCAUCAGCAAAGACCCGUUCUAUGAAAUGCUGGCAGCUCGGAAGAAGAAGGUGUCGUCUCUGAAGGGACUUUAGAGCAGCCGAGAAUCAAACGGAGAAACAAUAAGCACAGGUUUGACUUCAAAAUGGAGGAAACUGGACCUGAAAGUCCUGCUGCAGAGACACUGCUACGACGGCCCUCUCUUCACAGGUUUGAACUUAUGAAGGUUUCAUUUGAGAUGAAAUGUUUCAGUGACUGAUAUUUAAAAAAAACAUUUCCUUUUGAAAACAAACUCCUUCUGUACUGUAACCCCCGCUGCAACCUCUUCAAAUCGGCUGAACUUUGUCUCAUUCACAUCAAAACAACUUCAUACAAUCACUCAGACACUUCACUGGAGGAAAAACAUUGGGGAGUAAGUGUGACGUGUGUUUGUCAGAACUAACGUUGAAUGAUAAGUUAUGGCGUUUAAAAUGCUGGACAUUUCUAAAAGUAUACAGUAACUACAGUACGUUUACAAUCAUUUGAGGCCUUUUCUCAGCCGUGGAUGAAACCUGGUCCAGACUACACUUUACUGAAGUUUGGUGGUGAUGUUUGGAGGAACAUCUUUGUUUUGUUUUUUUAUAUCUAUAUAUAUAUAUAUAUAUAUAUAUAUAUAAGUUUUACUCCUGUUGUCCUUCGGUCAAAGCACUGUUCAUGGAGAUGAAGGCAAUGCAUAGAUAGCAAAACAUAUUUAUCCACCCAGAUUUCUUGUAAUUUAUUUUGUUUUUGUUGUAUUAAAUCUUUGCAAACCAGUGA